AUGUGCCUUUUAUGCAACAAAGUUUUGGGCAAUGACGCAGUGAAACCAUCUAAACUGCAAGAUCAUCUGAGAAGGUGCCACCCUGAUAAAACAGAGAAAGAUUUGAAAUACUUUCAAACACUCAAAGAUAAAUUUCAGAAGAGGCCUACACUGGACAGAAUGUUCGCUUCGACGUCACAAAGAAAUGAUGAUGGGUUGCGGGCGUCUUACAAUAACUCGUUACUUAUAGCAAAAUCCGGAAACCGCAUACUAUCGGAGAAAAGUUAA